AGUGAGCGCGCAGCGCGCGACCUGAGCAGACGCAGCGUAGAUGGGGGCGGCGCGGGCGUCGGUGAGCGCCGCGGCGCGGGUCGCCCUGGCGCUAGGCCUGGCGCUGGCCCUGCUGGCGCUGGCGCUAGCGCAGGGCGCGCACGCCACGCUCUCGGGCCUCUACGCCAGUAACGGCCUCGACCAGACCGAGAUCCAGCACCUCGCCACGCCGCAGGAGAAGCGAUUCGUGGAGCGGGAGAUCCUGUCGCUGCUGGGGCUGCAGCGGCGCCCGCGCGCGGCCCCUGGGCGCGCGGCCGCCGCCGCCGCGCUGCGCCGCAGCCACCUGCAGCAGCAGCAGCAGCACCGCCCCCGCGGCGCCGGGGCACCCGAGGCGUCGGCGUCGGUGUCGGCGUCGGCGUCCCUGUCGGCGUCAGCCGAGGGCGCGCCCGCCGCGGGGCCCGCGCCGCGCUUCCUGCUGGGCGUGUACGAGGCGCUGCUCCGCCAGCAGCAGCUGCAGGGCGAAGGGGCGACCGCCAUGGCGGAGGCCGAGGAGGCGGCCAGGGCCCUGGGCUUCGACCUCAGCGGCUACGACCGCGCCGUGCUCGACAAGAGCGACGUCAUCAUGGGCUUCGUCAGCCGACCGGGGCGUGCGUGGGGCGGCGCGCCGCGGCCUCGGCACGCGCGCGGGCGCCGCCUGUGGUUCGACGCGGCCGAGUCCCCGCCCUCCGACGCGCUGCUGGGCGCCGAGCUGCGCCUCUACCAGCGCGGCGGCCCGCGGCUGCGGGCCCGGCCCCGCCACCACCCGCACCAUCACCACCAGCAGGAGGACGAGGGAGAAGAGCAAGACCAGGCCGUCAACGCGUUGGCUGACAACGAUGACGAUGAGGUGGAGGAAGAGGAAGAGGAGGAGGACGCAGAAGAAGAAUAUACGGUCACGUUGUACCAGCUGCUUCCGGUUCCGAACCAAGGAGAGGCGCUGUUGCGGGUGGACGAGACCAAUACCUCGCUGGCGCAUGCCGGCUGGCUGCUGCUGAACGCCACGGCGCCGCUGGCCGCCUGGGCAGCCGCCCCCGCCGCCAACCUCGGCCUGCACCUCUCCGUGCACCGCACCCGUGACGGUCAUGAAGUGCAUCCGUCCGAUAUUGGGCUUGUGGCUGAGGGAGAUGGUGAUGAUGAAGAACGUCAACCCUUUAUGGUGGGCUUUUUCAAGAGUCCGCCUGGGGCUUCCCGUGCCCCUCCGGCACCUCUUCCUGAUUUGAGGCGAUCAAGACGCCGCAACCCAUUUCUGCCCGAAGGGGAAGAUGAACAGGUUUUGGAUGAAUGGCUUGAAGACGAAGAGGGCGGAGAAACAGAUGAAGAGGGUGAAGAUACAGAGGACAUGAAACGACGAUCCACAAGAGAUACCACUUCGCGCAAACGUCGCAAGUCUACGGGUUUGCCACCGCCUCAGCAAGCUUCACAAUGGGCUUCCCGUUCCUGCCAAAUGUUGGAGCUUUAUGUGAAUUUCAAGGACCUUCAUUGGCAGGAUUGGAUCAUUGCUCCAGCUGGUUUUCAGGCCUUUUAUUGCAGUGGAGAAUGCAAUUUUCCUCUCAAUGCCCAUAUGAAUGCUACCAAUCAUGCAAUAGUGCAGACACUGGUACAUCUUAUGAAUCCUUUGCAAGUUCCAAAGCCUUGCUGUGCUCCUACAAAGCUUGGUCCUAUUCAGAUUUUGUACUACCUAGAAGAUUCUAAUGUCACCUUGAAACGUUACAAAAAUAUGGUAGUCAAAAGUUGUGGAUGCCACUAAUGAUAUUCCAUUCUAUUUUUAACCCUCCUCAUGAUAUUAUUUUCAGCUAUUCAUUACUUCUCUCCAAUUGAUAUGUUUUUAUAUUUUCUUGCUAUUUCUGCUCCGAUUGCAUACUUUGGGCAUCCUUGCAUUUCUUAAUUAAUAUUAAUUUUAGAUUGCUCAUUUAUUUUCUGUUCUAAUUCUGUCCCCCUGCUGGGAGUCAGUGCAAUGUCUAAUCAUACAGUUGAUUGUUGGUGCCAUAAAUAACAAGUUAGAUUCUACAGCAUAUUUUGCUGGUCCUGGAAGGGAUUUCCAGAAAUGUGCCAUUUAAUAUCUUCUUUACUAAUGUAUCAAAUUGAAAUUUGUUUAUAUUUUGUGAUUAUUUUUUUAUAUUAUAAGCUAUUUUGUUUUAGCCAACUUACAGAAAUCUUCAUUUGCAAGAAAACUGAAUUGUACAAAUAAAAGAAUGUUUCAUUGGUAUCUCAUCGGUUUUGAUUUAAAAACUUCAAGGUAAAUGAGUGUUCUGGAUCAUAGUAGCCUCUUAAGCUUCUGUGGGUCAUAAGUGCCUUAUCAGCAACAAUGUAUUUAAAGUUUCUAGAUUGAACUUCUUAAGAGAGAGCUAGGUUGUGCUUGGUUAUAAAGUAUUACUUAGUCUCAGAAUUGCAACUGGAAAAAAUAGAUUGCAUUUAAGCUGUGAACUUUUGUGAUCUGUAAGAAAGCAAAAGUAAAUGAGGAAAUUGAGUAUUGCUUGUAAUGUAAUCUGAACCAAAAAAUGUCUAGCAGUGCAGACAUGGAAGGGUGCUGGGUUCAGUUGUACUUUUUAAAAUUAGAUAUAAGAUUUUUCCUAAAAAAUAGGACUGAUAAAUUGUACUGUAAAUAAGUUUAUGUAGUAUUUGAUUGUCUAGUUUUAUGAUAUUUAAAUUAAGUUCAAGAAUUAUCUGUAUAUGCUUGAACUCUUAACAAAAGUCUUGUUCUCAAAUCAGUAUGAGAGUUUCUGUGGCAGCCUUAUAUGGUUACACAUGAGAUUAUAUCAAAUUAAAUGUUUGUGAGAAAUAAAGUGGAUUUAAUUUAAUAAAAA